AUGCUCCCAUCUUGUUCACCAUCUCUUCGCGUUAUUCCUACCCUCUUCUUUUGUCUGCCACUCCCUCUUCAAUUCUCUCUUCACUUCCUAAUGUGUCACACUGAACUGGCCACCCAGCGACAUUCGUGUCUUCCUGCUGAUAUUUCUUGUCUGUUGUCUGCCGACCAUACUCUGGGGUACCAUCGCCCAUUGUGUGCGCUGUCAAUCAACCUUUUAUUUGUAUUAAUUCUCUCUCGCUUCCUCUCUCUCUCUCUCUCUCUCUCUCUCUUUCUCUGUCUAUCUAUCUAUCUAUCUAUCUAUAUAUAUAUGCGCUUAUAUACAAGGAAUAAAACGAAGAAUAUAGCGGAUUCUUCUUCUUUUUCUUCUUCUUCUUCUUCUUCCUCUCCUCCUCCUCCUCCCCUCCUUCUUCGUUUUCUUCUUCUUCUUCUUCUUCUUCUUCUGCUCCUCCUACUCCUCGUUCUCUUCCUCCUCCUUCUUCUUCGUUUUCUUCUGCUUCUUCUUCGACGUCUUCUUCUUCGUCUUCUUCUUCUUCUGCUCCUCCUCCCCCCUCCUCCUACUACUCGUUCUCCUCCUCCUCCUCCUUCUUUUUCUUCUUCUGUUCCGACACCCUCCUCCUCCUUCUUCUUCUUCUUCGUUUUCUUCUGCUUCUUCUUCGUCGUCGUCUUUUUCUUCUUCUUCUUCUUCUUCUGCUCCUCCUCCCCCUCCUCCUACUCUGCGUUAUCCUCCUCCUCCUUCCUCUUCUGCUGUUCCUCCACCCUCCUCCUCCUCCUCCUUCUUCUUCUUCUUCUUCUGUAUACUCUGCCCCUUCAGGACGUUGGCGAUCCUUACUCUCCACAACUUCAUUGGUAG